AUGGCGGACGAAGCCACCCGGCGGGUGGUGUCAGAGAUCCCUGUCCUGAAGACUAACGCCGGACCCCGAGAUCGCGAGUUAUGGGUGCAGAGACUAAAGGAGGAAUACCAGUCUCUUAUACGGUAUGUGGAGAACAACAAGAAUGCGGACAAUGAUUGGUUCCGAUUGGAGUCCAACAAAGAAGGGACUCGGUGGUUUGGAAAAUGCUGGUACAUCCAUGACCUCCUCAAAUACGAGUUUGACAUCGAGUUUGAUAUUCCUGUCACGUAUCCCACUACUGCUCCAGAAAUUGCAGUCCCUGAACUGGAUGGAAAGACAGCAAAGAUGUACAGGGGUGGGAAAAUAUGCCUGACUGAUCACUUCAAGCCUUUAUGGGCCAGGAAUGUGCCAAAGUUUGGACUAGCUCAUCUCAUGGCUCUUGGGCUAGGUCCAUGGCUGGCGGUAGAAAUCCCAGAUCUGAUUCAGAAAGGUGUGAUCCAGCACAAAGAGAAAUGCAAUCAAUGA